GGAGGCUGGCUGGGAGGUUGGAGGCACGAGCCCCACCCCCCAAUUAGCCCAUUUUCAUGGGGGGCGGGGUCUGGGUAUGGGGUGUCAGUAACCCGGUUGCAGCAAGUUGUGCAAAUGCAAAUGCAAAUGCAAGGCUUUUCAGGCUUGGCCCCUUUAAGAGCGGUGGACUUCAACUCCCAGGAUUCCCCAGCCAGCAAAGAAUUCUGGGAGUUGAAGUCCACCCGUCUUAAAACAUUGGCUGAGGAAUUCUGGGAGUUGGGAGUCCACCCAUCUUCAAGUGGCCAAGCUUGAAAAAACACAGUAUUAGUUCUUCAGCUGGGUUCAAAGAGUCGUAUGAAGCUGCCAAUGAAUCACAGUGUAGGAAAAGAGUUAAUCGAUGUGGCAGGGCAGGGACUGGUGGAGAAGAGGUGACAAUAAAAUACAGGUUGAGAGGGCUUGUCCAGAAGACCUUGCAAAUCCUGUGUGGUGCUGGGAAACAGUUUAGAAGGAUCCAGAGCCAGGGACCUGGCCACAGUUUCCCAGCCAUGUCAACAGGUGCCAGAGGCUCAAAGCCUCUCAUUGCUGUCUGCCAGGUGACUUCGACGCCGGAUCGAGAACACAACUGGACGACUUGUUCACAGCUGGUCCGAGAGGCAACUCGGAGGGAUGCUUGCAUUGUCUUCCUCCCGGAAGCCUUUGACUUCAUUGGCAGCUGCAUGGAAGAGACCCUCAGCUUGGCGGAGCCCUUGGAGGGGGAUUAUCUUCAGCGCUAUGUCAGCCUGGCCAGGGAGUGUGCAGUGUGGCUGUCCCUUGGAGGUUUCCACGAGAGGGGCAAAGACUGGGAAAGCACGCAACGGAUCUACAACUGCCACCUUCUUGUGGAUCCCAAAGGGUAUGUUGUGGCUACUUAUCGGAAGAUCCACCUGUUUGAUGUGGAGCUGGAAGGGAGGGUCUCUCUGAAAGAAAGCGCCUUCACCAACCCCGGCUCAGAGAUAGUGCCACCUGUGCCCACCCCGGCUGGAAAGGUGGGGCUGGCCAUCUGCUACGAUCUCCGUUUCCCAGAAAUGUCCCUGGCUCUGGCCCAGGCGGGGGCUGAGAUCCUCACCUACCCAUCAGCCUUCACUGUGACAACCGGCGCUGCCCACUGGGAGGUCCUGCUGCGAGCCCGUGCCGUAGAGACCCAGUGCUAUGUGGUGGCCGCGGCCCAGACCGGCCAGCACCACCCACGCCGCACCUCCUUCGGCCACAGCAUGGUGGUGGACCCUUGGGGCAGCAUCGUGGCCCAGUGCCAGGAGGGGCCCAGCCUCUGCUAUGCCGAAAUCGACCUGGCCUACCUGCACCACCUCCGCCAGGAGAUGCCCAUCUUUGCCCACCGCCAGCCCCGCCUCUAUGGCCGGGCAGCUGCUGAAUGGGGCUUUGCGCCCCCUUGAUGGGCUCAGCUGCCCCACGGAGAGGGCUUGGCUGCUGCAGCUGGACUCUGCAGGGGCUCUGGCCCUCCAGUAGCUGCUGUCCAAAGGGGCCAAGAGAAAACGGGAAGGAGAGAAAUAGAAUGCAGACAACUUCUGAGAUGGGGAGGGAGGCAUUUCAACACAAUUCCCCCUCCUGGGAGCAUCCGAUGUUUGGUUUUGGCUACUCAGACAUUUGGGGUUCAGACUGGCAUGGGGUCCAGUCACUCACUUUUCCUCGAGAGGGCCUCCAUUCCUGAUAUAAAUUUGUAUUUCAGCCACA